CAGAUCACGAUUGUUGAUUAAACUUGUCCAUCUUUAAGUAAAUCGCGUCCUUGACAGCCAGUGAAUUUUUCAAUUUACCCUGAUGCCUCCAAUCGCAUUCACUCCUGAUUUCAACUUCCCAACUUCAGUAUAACGAAAGCCACAUCCAGUCUUUCGAGAAAUCAUUUGGAGCUGCAAAUUCUCCUUCAUAGUCGUCCACCUUUCUUAGCCCGUCUUGCCACACAUCAACAAAGGCUGGGCGGCCUGCUCGCCGACGCGUCUUGAAGCCUAUACGGCCCCAGGACUGCGCCUCACAGGAUUCAGGACUGUUCAAGCAAACAGAGCUUUUCCAACAUUUUUAUCAACCAGUGAAUGGCUGCUUGAUGAUAUAGCCUGGACUUUUCACGACCAGAUUGGCACUGAAACCGCAGUGCCGACAAAAUGGGCAUCGUCGGACUCCUCCCGCUACUUAAGUCAAUCCAGAGACCUACAGAGCUCAAGAAAUUUGCUGGCGAGACCCUCGCCGUCGAUGCCUACGGAUGGCUUCAUCGUGGCGCCGUGUCGUGCGCUUUAGAGCUGGCACAGGGGAAGCCCACUCGCAAAUAUGUUGACUUUGCUAUGCAUCGAGUCAGGAUGGUCAAGUACUUUGGGGCAACUCCAUACAUAGUAUUUGAUGGAGAUUUUCUACCAAGCAAAGCUCUCACGGAAGCUUCCCGAGCGAAGCGCCGAGAGGAGAGCAAAAAGGCCGGUAUGGAGCUGCUCAAGGCUGGCAAGCCCGCCCAAGCCUAUCAGGAGUUUCAGAAGGCGAUCGACGUCACGCCCGAAAUGGCACGCGAACUGAUCGAAGAGCUGAAGAAAAUCGACGUCCCUUACGUUGUGGCCCCCUACGAGGCCGACGCCCAAAUGGUCUAUCUGGAACGUAACGGCUAUGUCAGCGGCAUCAUAUCAGAGGAUUCAGAUCUCCUUGUUUUCGGAGCCAAGCGCCUCUUGACUAAACUUGAUCAGCACGGACAAUGCAUCGAGGUCAACAGGCGAGAAUUUUGCGCUGUUCGAGAGAUCUCGUUGACAGGGUGGACUGAUGCCGAAUUCCGACAGAUGGCUAUAUUUAGCGGAUGCGACUAUCUGGACGGCAUCAACAAGAUGGGUUUGAAGACAGCAUACCGCAUGAUCAGGAAGCACAAGACCCCAGAGAAGGUCAUCCGUCAACUGCAGUUCGAGGGCAAACACAAAAUUUCCGAGAACUACCUAGCGGCAUUCAAGCAGGCAGAGCUCACCUUCAUGCACCAACGAGUCUUUUGUCCAGAGAAGCAGGAGCUCGUUCUACUGACUGAGCCAACAUCAGGUCUGGAUGUGGAGGAGAUGCCGUUCAUCGGCGCCAAGGUCGACCCCGAACUCUCCAGGGCUAUAGCCUGCGGUGACGUCAACCCCAUCACAAAGGAGCGCAUCAUACUCCCAACUCCACCAUCCACAAAAUGGCGUUCAUUUCCGACCAAGAGCACUGUGCCGGCGCCGAGUAAACCGCUGGGAAAACCGAUAGAGGAAUUUUUCAAAGGCCACCGUCGUAUCCCAAUGGGGGAAAUGGACGCCAAUUGCUUUUCGGUUGACCCUCAGCAGGUUGGAGCUCUUACAGCCAACGGAUUGGCACCUCGGGUGUUCCCACUUCCUCGACCGUAUCUCGAAGAAACCAUUAACCGUCCCUACACAUCAUCAGCCGCUCCUCGCAUCAACCGUCGGCGUACAGAACCAAUUGGAAACUUGCUCGCUCUGAGCUCUUCCGAUCAAGCCAACCGCCGAAGGACUUCGGGCCCCAUCCGCUCAUCAAAGGAUGAGAGCCGCACGGCCGGGUUCUCUACAUCCCCAAGACCGCAAAAGAGGGCCAGGCUGUGCUCCGAACAACACCAGUCGACGAAAGAGGACAAGGAGUUAUUUGCUGAAAAGAGCAAAUUCUUUUCGACAAUCACGAAAACGCCAAGGUCAAAGCGAAGAAGCGAGGGACACAUCAUGUCAGAUGACUCCAUUGACGAUGCACUGCUCAGUCUUCCCGACUACGGUUCACUAAGCUCGACACAUUCAAGCCAGCCAAGGAAAUCAAUGGAUGUCUUUAUGGAUGCGCGGAGCGACGAUGUGACACACGAAACGCCUGAUGUUAUUCUGGCUACACCAAUGAAGGACGACGACCAAAACAAGGACACGGUUGAGAUCGAGGUUCCGGCCAGCUCUCCGAUCAGGGAGUCUGUUUCAAUUGAGGCAGAUGCAGAGCUCGACCUCGCCCAUCAAGCUCGAAGAUCUAGUGCUAAGCUUGGUGCCGCGCUGGGCCGGUUUGCCUACACACCCGGAGUGACGAACUCGGGGAACGGCACGAAGAUGGCUUACGGCCUACCAACACCUGAAUCUAGCGGAGUGCCUGCCGCAGUUGCCCCCCGCUCGACGGCCGAGAAGAAGCGCGACCCAUCCGGCUCUAUGGAAACCCCCCGACUGACACCUCUGCAGCGUAUCCACGCAAGCGCCAUGCAGCGACACAGUCCUUCGGCUAGCCAGGGAACCAACGGAACACAGACGCAGAAGAGACGAGGCCCUAGACGUUCCCUCCCGCCUACCGCACCGGUCAACCCAUCCUUUGUGCCUCUGCCAAAUGUGGACCUUGCCGAGGUGGCAGCGUUGAGCCGAGGAGGCGGGGGGAGUGAAGACCUUCUUGUCCCCAAUAGCGAUGGGGAGAAUGAGCCAGAAUCUCCAAAGGUGGCCACAAGCCGGACUAUGGACCUGGCCAGAUUUUUGUGCCGAUGAAAAAGUUCCUGAAGGAGAUUUUAUAUAGCGGGGCGACGAAUCCCGCGAGGCUACAGAAAUUGCUUUGAGUUAUUUACUUGGUCGGUUGUUUGUUGCAUCGCAUUAUAAUAUACCCACUUGUAUAGACGCCACUCAGCGUCAAGAGUUUUGUUGUUCUGUCAUCAUCAGGAUGGAGUUUAUCGGUUUAGGUUUUGUUUUCUUGGGCAUAGCAUGCGAGUGCUUGGAAUUUGUAUCUCAUGGGUAUUGUUUCCUGUUCUUUUUAGCCCUGCCGCCAUGGCAUACGGUUUAUAUAGGAUUACGUAUCUCAAUUCAAUUGAUACCAUCGAUACCUACUCAGGACUAUGUGGAAUUAACUGCCCAUGGACAUGAUACAGUAAGGCC